AUGGGAAUUGUUGAGAAUUUGGUCGCCAGCAACAGCGUCAUGCCCUUCGGCAUGCCCCGAAAAGCCGAAUGUGCCGGUAAGCCGAAUAACGAGCUUUGUUUAGACGGAAUGAGAACGUGAGUGAGCCAAGAGCCCAUUGAGAUUGGAAUUAUUUUAUCGAAUUUAUAUUGUUUUAUAUUACUCAUGUCAUAUCCUUGAAUUUUAUUGUAUGUUGAAGUAUAAAUAUGUAUAUGACAAAUGGUUUGUCGUGUUUUUUACCCAUCACUAACUUGGUUUAUCCACAAUAACAAGAUAUUUUAAUUGUAACACAGUUGUUUUUGUCUGUUUUUGAGGGAUUUUUUGAUGGAGUUACAAUGGCGGACCUGAUCCAAUGGCAAAAAAAUGCCAUUUUGCAUCCGGGAAGCAUCAAAAAUGUAGCAAAAUACCUCCUCUCCAAGUGAAAAAACUCCGGUUUGAAGAGGCGCCCUAUCCCUCACAAAAAGAGCCUUUGAAAUCGGAGUUUUGCACUUGGAGAGGGAGGUAUUUUGCUACAUUUUUGAUACUUCCUGGAGGCAAAAUGGUACGUUUUUUGCCACUGGAUCAGGCCCGCCACUGUAGAGGGGUUCAAUUAAAAUUAUUUUUUUAUGACCUGAGGGCGUAGAGGGUUUAAAUUCAUGAGAUUUUUGGGUUACUAACAAGGAUUACAAAUUUUUUUGAUUGAAAAAUUUGGCUUUUUUAGCGAAAUCCGGAAUUUUUUUUCAAAGUUUUGGCAAAAAUCGCGGUAAAUACACAGUAAUCCAGUAAAAAUAAAGUAAAUUUAAUUUUAAAGGGGCUUUGGUUCAGCAGCAGUCAAAAAAACCCCUGGUUUUACCAGGCAGAUCCACAUCAAAACCUAAUUUUUUUAUUUGGUUUUUUUCGCCUACUCCCGCCUCCAAAUUCAAAAUUCCUCCUCUCGUUUUUUAUUCUUUUUGUCGAGAGUAUUAUUACACGCGAAAAAACGUGGAAUUUUGGUUGUUAUCCGCUUGUUUAGGAAAGAAUUUCAGUUGGAUACCACAUUUUCGGUUAAUUUUUUGAUUUUUGUGGAAAUUUGAUGGCAAAUUUAAUUGAAAUAAGGUUUGAAAAUUAGUUGAUUGUUCAAUUUGGCAUUAGUAUUUAGCGGGACUAUUAAAAUUUUUAGCGUUCCGCGAUAUUUUUUAUAUUAAUUUAGACAUUGAUUACUAAAAUUUCCUUGUUUUAGCCUGAAAUGCCAAAUCAGCUGUCCUAAUUUGCGUCCUAAUUGUGUGACUGUCCCAAACCAGUGCCUAAUCAAGUCUAAUUCACAUAUUUUUGUCAUUGUAUAUACCUGUACAGACUAAUUUAUUGACCUAAUCAGCUAAUUUAUUCUCAUAUCUGUUGUUGUCUAAAUAUUCUCAAAAUUAUAUUAGCUUUGUCGAAAAAGGUAAAUAAUUUUCGUAUUUUACCCGGUGCAAAAAGUUGAAGUGAUUUGGAGGAGGAGAAGAACAAGGAUUUAUAUUACCCAUCAGAUCACACACCUAGAAAGAAACGAAUUUCUUGAAGUGAAACUGCAGCGAUGACAAGUGAAACCGAGACCAAAUUGAUCCUCCCGCUAGGCCAUUCCAAGCACCGCGACCCCUGGUACACGUACAGCGGGGUCUUUGUUGUCGCGGCCACCUGGCUUUACCUCUAUUUCUUCUGUUUCAUCGGGCUUUGGGACGGAAUUGUCGACCUCCUAUGGCACUCACCGGCCGCUCACGUUCUCACCGAAGUCGUAAUGGACACUGUGACACAGAAACUUGCAGGAUCCGGAAGCGGAACCGUCGAAUUCGCCAGCGGCAAAUACUACGCACUGUGCGGUCUGAGCGGAAUUUUGUCCUGCGGAAUUACCCACACUGCGAUUGUACCGUUGGACAUGGUCAAGUGCAGAAUUCAGGUAAGGAUUUUUGGGAGAUAUGAUAUUGAAUUUAUGAGGAAAACGGUGAUUUUGGGCCAUCUUAUACGAUCAAACAUGUCUUGUGGCGAUAUCGCCUUUUUUGAGCUGUAAAUUACGGUAAACCCUCUCCGGGUUGAUAUAAAAUGUAUUGUUCGAGUAUAUUGGAUCUUGUGGUACUUGAAUUUAGCCAAAAUUUGACGUUGAUACCAUGCAACAACGAUAAAAACCCAACGAUUUCAUGAGAUUUUUCAAUGGUCUUUUCAAGUUUAAACUUUCAGGUAAACCCUGAAAAAUACAAGGGAAUCGUUGGUGGAUUCCGCACCACCAUCGCCGAAGAAGGAGUCCGCGCCUUGGCCAAGGGAUGGGCCCCGACUUGCAUUGGAUACUCACUCCAAGGGUUGGGAAAAUUCGGUUUCUACGAGGUCUUCAAGGUGUUCUACUCGGAUCUGAUUGGACCUGUAAGUUUAGUUUGACUUUGUUUUUGGUUAUUUAGGAGAACGUGACAUUUUAUACGAUGGAACAUUUUUUUUAAAAUUUAUCGUAUAAAAUGUCGCUGUAGAAUAAUGAUUUGUGGAAGACUCUCUGACGUUUUGGAUGGAUUCUAGCGAGUGUAUUUUGACGAAUAAUGCAGAUUUUUCUUUCAGGAACUCAGCUACACCUGGCGCACCUCUCUUUAUUUGGCGGCGUCCGCCUCGGCCGAACUCUUCGCCGACGUCCUCCUCGCCCCCAUGGAAGCCACCAAAGUGCGAAUUCAAACCGCCGCCGGAGCCCCGCCAACCCUCCGUGGCUGUGUUCCGUUCAUCUACAAGAACGAAGGCCUCACCGGCUUCUACAAGGGACUCCCCCCACUCUGGCUCCGACAGAUCCCCUACACCAUGAUGAAGUUCGCUUGCUUCGAACGCACCGUCGAACUCCUCUACGCACACGUGGUCCCCAAGCCCCGGGAACAAUGCUCCAAGUCCGAACAGCUGGUCGUCACGUUCAUCGCCGGCUACAUCGCCGGAGUUUUCUGCGCCAUCGUCUCGCAUCCGGCCGACACGAUCGUUUCGAAGCUAAACCAAGACUCCGGAGCUUCUGCGGUAGAUAUUCUGAAGAAACUGGGCCCACUCGGCGUCUGGGGCGGCCUGUUGCCUCGUAUCAUCAUGAUCGGAACCCUCACCGCCCUCCAAUGGUUCAUCUACGACGCCUGCAAAGUCGCCUUCAAUCUGCCCCGACCCCCACCACCAUCCAUGCCCGAAUCGUUGAAAAAGAAGCUAGGACAGUAG